CUACAGCGCAUCACCUCAUACUGGGACCAGUCUGCUUCAUCAGGAGACUCCUCCUGUCCCCAGUGUGGAGAAAGAUCCAGAACAAGAGCUGGACUUCAGACAGCCGGUCAGACCAGCUCUGUACAAACAGAUAGAGGUCUGCAGGAGGUUGUAGAUGAACAUAAGAUCAGUCUGAGGAAGAGAUGUGAAUGUGUGACUGAAGGAACUGAUGAAACAGGAAGUGGAACCCUCCUCAACAGGAUCUACACUGAGCUCUACAUCACAGAAGAGACCCUCCAUGACGCUCCAAUCAAGUGCCAGGACAUCUUUAAAGCCUUACCUGACCAACAGGGAAACAUCAGAGUCGUUCUGACGAACGGCGUCGCUGGCGUUGGAAAAACCUUCUCAGUGCAGAAGUUCACUCUGGACUGGGCAGAGGGCUUGGAAAAGCAAGAUGUCAGUCUGGUGGUUCUGUUUUCAUUCAGGGAGCUGAACUUGAUCAGAGAUGAGCAGUACAGUCUUCUAAAGCUGCUCCAUGUUUUCCAUCCAACAUUACAGAAGGUCACAGCAGAGAAGCUCGCUGUCUGUAAAGUUCUGUUCAUCUUUGACGGCCUGGAUGAAAGCAGACUUUCACUGGAUUUCAAGAACAACGAGGUUGUGUCUGAUGUCACCCAGAAGUCAUCAGUCAACGUGCUGUUGACAAACCUCAUCCAGGGGAAUCUGCUUCCCUCAGCUCUCAUCUGGAUAACUUCCCGACCUGCAGCAGCCAAUCAGAUCCCUCCUGCAUGUGUUGACAGGGUAACAGAAGUACGAGGCUUCACUGACGCCCAGAAGGAGGAGUACUUCAGGAGGAGAGUCAGUGAUGAAGAGCUGUCCAGCAGAAUCAUCUCACACAUCAAGACAUCCAGGAGCCUCCACAUCAUGUGUCUAAUCCCAGUCUUCUGCUGGAUCACUGCUACAGUUCUGGACCACAUGUUGACUACAGACCAGAGAGGAGAGCUGCCCAAGACCCUGACUGACAUGUACUCACACUUCCUGUUGGUUCAGACAAAGAGGAAGAAGCAGAAGUAUGGUGGGGGACGUAAGACGAGUCCACAGAAGCUGACGAAGGCUGACAGGGAAGUACUUCUGAAGCUGGGGAGGCUGGCGUUUGAACAUCUGGAGAAAGGAGACAUCAUGUUCUAUCAAGAAGACCUGGAGCGGUGUGGUCUGGAUGUCACAGAGGCCUCGGUGUACUCAGGAGUUUGUACAGAGAUCUUCAAAAGAGAGUGUGUGAUCUUCCAGAAAACAGUCUACUGCUUUGUUCACCUGAGCAUUCAGGAGUUUCUGGCUGCAGUCUACAUGUUCCACUGUUACACAAACAGCAACACAGAGGUACUGAAGGACUUCCUGGGAGAAGAAUAUGUUCAUUCAACCCUGGAGGACUUCCUGAGGAGAGCCAUGGAGAAAUCCCUUGAAAGUAAAAAUGGCCACCUGGACCUGUUUGUUCGCUUCCUUCAUGGCCUCUCUCUGGAGUCCAACCAGAAGCUCUUAGGAGGUCUGCUGGGUCAGACAGACAACAGUCCAGAAACCAUCCAGAGGGCCAUUAAAAACCUGAAGGAGAUGAACAGAUAUGAUACCAAAAUCUCUCCUGACAGAAGCAUCAACAUCUUUCACUGUCUGAUGGAGAUGAACGACCACUCAGUACAUCAGGAGAUCCAAGAGUUCCUGAAGUCAGAGAACAAAUCAGAGAAGAAACUCUCUGUGAUCCAGUGCUCAGCUCUGGCCUACAUGCUGCAGAUGUCGGAGGAGAUUCUGGAUGAGUUGGACCUGAAGAAGUACAACACAACAGACGAGGGACGACUGAGACUGAUUCCAGCUGUGAGGAACUGCAGAAAAGCUGAACUUUCUCGUUGUGGACUCUCAGAUACUCACUGUGAAGUUGUGGCCUCAGCUCUAAAGUCCAACCCCUCCCAUCUGAGAGAGCUGGACCUGAGUGACAACAACCUGAAGGAUUCAGGAGUGAAGCUGUCUGCUGGACUGCAGAGUCCACACUCUAGACUGGAGACUCUGAGAUUGAGGUGCUGCAGUUUGUCAGAGAUCAGCUGUGCUUCUCUGGCCUCAGCUCUGAAGUCCAAUGCCUCCCAUCUGAGAGAGCUGGAGCUGAGUACCAACGAGCUGCAGGAUUCAGGAGUGAAGCUCCUGUGUGGUUUUCUGGAGAGUCCACACUGUAGACUGGAGACUCUGAGAUUGAGUUGGUGCAGUUUGUCAGAGAUCCGCUGUGCUUUUCUGGCAUCAGCUCUGAAAUCCAACCCCUCCCAUCUGAGAGAGCUGGUGCUGGGUAACAACAACCUGCAGGAUUCAGGAGUGAAGCUCCUGUGUGGUUUUCUGGAGAGUCCACACUGUAGACUGGAGACUCUGAGAUUGAGUGAC